AUGUAUAUUUUCUUUCUCACUCUUUCCGGCUGCUGUCCAAGUCUUCAGCCCUCUCUCUAAAAAGAGCUCCAAAAAGUAGAGUAAUUAAAAAGUGUCAUUUUCUAGUUUUCUAACUCAACUGAGCAGCUCCAGUAAUCAGGUGCGGGGCAGAGGUACACUUCGGGUGGGUUGAGAUAGUAUUCUACUGUGGGAAAAAAAGCUUCAAAAUGUGGAGAUCUGAGUGAAGAAGAAAGCUAGGGUUUUGUUUUGCUUUGGAAACUUUGGAUGAUUUUGAAUGUGAAAAGAAGCAAGAUCUGAGCUUCAUGAACCCCUUCUGAGUAAAAGGUUGUUCCCCGUAUUUUUUGGAUGUUGAUUUUAACUUAAGUUGAGAGGAGUCUGGUGGAGAAAGGGGGUGGGGGUGGGUAAGUUCUCUUUUUCCUUAGAAGUUAUGGCUGUUGCACGACCCCUGAAUAUACUUUAAUAACAAGGGCUAGGUGUAUUUUCCAUUUCAACCGCACUUUUCUUCGGUUUUCUUUAGAGAACGAACAACUUUUUUCUUUUUUAAAUAUUGGAAGAAUGAGACUCUCUUCAUCAGGGUUUAAUCAGCAAACUGAGGAAGAUUUUUGUACAGGGGAGAAGAAAUGUUUGAAUUCUGAACUUUGGCAUGCAUGUGCGGGUCCUCUGGUGUCCCUGCCGCCUGUUGGAAGCCGUGUUGUAUAUUUUCCCCAAGGUCAUAGUGAACAGGUUGCUGCUUCAACCAACAAGGAAGUAGAUGCUCACAUACCAAACUAUCCGAGCUUACCCCCUCAGCUUAUCUGUCAGCUUCACAAUGUGACCAUGCAUGCAGAUGUAGAAACAGAUGAAGUGUAUGCUCAAAUGACCUUGCAGCCACUGAGCCCGCAAGAGCAAAAGAAUGUGUUCCUCCUGCCUGCUGAACUGGGUACUCCCAGUAAACAACCAACCAAUUAUUUUUGCAAAACACUGACGGCAAGUGACACAAGCACUCAUGGAGGAUUUUCUGUGCCUCGUCGGGCUGCUGAAAAAGUCUUUCCUCCUCUUGAUUACUCCCUGCAACCUCCAGCUCAAGAGUUAGUUGCCAGGGAUCUUCAUGAAAAUGAAUGGAAAUUUAGGCAUGUAUUUCGCGGGCAGCCAAAGAGGCAUCUUCUUACAACUGGGUGGAGUGUUUUUGUUAGUGCUAAGAGACUUGUUGCUGGUGACUCAGUCCUUUUUAUUUGGAAUGAGAAGAAUCAGUUGUUGCUGGGUAUCCGGAGAGCAAAUCGUCCUCAGACUGUUAUGCCAUCUUCUGUUUUAUCAAGUGACAGCAUGCACAUUGGUCUUCUUGCUGCAGCCGCUCAUGCGGCUGCAACCAAUAGCCGUUUUACUAUCUUUUAUAACCCAAGGGCCAGUCCUUCAGAGUUUGUCAUUCCUCUCGCCAAGUAUGUUAAAGCAGUCUAUUACACCCGGGUUUCUGUAGGCAUGCGGUUUAGAAUGCUGUUUGAGACAGAAGAGUCAAGUGUCCGCCGAUAUAUGGGUACGAUAACUGGCAUUAGUGACUUAGAUCCUGGUCGCUGGCCAAAUUCGCAUUGGCGCUCUGUUAAGGUUGGCUGGGAUGAAUCCACUGCAGGAGAGAAGCAGCCAAGGGUGUCCUUGUGGGAGAUUGAACCAUUAACAACCUUCCCUAUGUAUUCAUCACCCUUCCCCCUGCGAUUGAAACGACCAUGGCCAUCUGCGCUACCCUCUUUCCAUGCUUUCAAAGAUGGUGAUAUGAACAUCAAUUCCCAAAUGAUGUGGCUUCAAGGUGGGAUUGGAGAUCAAGGACUUCAGUCUUUAAACUUCCAAGGUUUUGGAGUUGCACCCUGGAUGCAGCCAAGGCUUGAUACUUCUUCAAUACAAGGUGUCCAACCUGAUCUUUACCAAGCAAUGGCUGCUGCUGCAUUUCAGGAAAUGAGGACUGUUGAUUCAUCCAAAUUAGGCUCUCAGUCUCUCUUGCAAUUCCAGCAACCACAGAGCAUGUCCAAUGGGUCGCCUGCUAUAAUUCAAAGGCAGAUGCUACAGCAGUCUCAAACACAAAAUGCCUUUCUUCAGGGAUUUCAGGAGAACCAGACUACUUCCCAGGUUCAGCUUCUGCAGCAGUUGCAGCGUUCCAAUUCAUACAAUAAUCACCGACAACAACAACAACAACAACAGCAGCAGCAGCGGCAACAACAGCAACAACAGCAACAAUCUCAGCAAAUGCAACAAAUACCACAGUUUUCUGAUCAACAGCAGAUUUCUAAUCUAAUCCCUGCUUUUCCUAAAGCCUCCGGCAGCCAGGCCCAGUCAUCAUCUCUGCCAACUGCUGCUUCAGAAUGCCAGCAGCCGACAUUUUCUGAUCCUCUUGGGAACUCUCUAGCCAUAUCUAAUGCUUCGUCAAUGCAAAGUAUCUUAGGUUCAUUGUCCCAUGCUGGAGCUUCCCAUUUACACAACUUGAAGGGAUCAAACCCAAUUGUCUCUUCUUCUUUGUUGUCCAAGCCAGUAGCUAUAGAACCACAGCUUUCGUCUGAAACUGCUAACUACAUACUGCCCCAGGUUGAACAUCUGGGAAUGGUACAGUCAAAUGUACUCUCUAACGUAUUACCUCCAUUUCCAGGAAGAGAGUAUUCUGCGUACCAGAGUUCAACUGAUACACAAAACAAUUUUCUCUUUGGGGUUAGCAUUGAUUCAUCAUCUCUUGUGCUGCAGCAUGGGAUGACCAACCUGAAAAAUAUUGGAAAUGAAAAUGAUUCAUUGUCUCUGCCAUAUGCCGCUUCAAAUUUCACAAGUGCUUCUGGCACAGAUUUCCCUCUUAAUUCAGAUAUGACUACCUCAAGUUGUGUGGAUGAAUCAGGUUACUUGCAGUCUUCUGAAUAUGUGGACCAAGUAAACCCUCCGACUGGAACCUUUGUUAAGGUUCACAAGUUGGGGUCCUUCGGGCGCUCAUUGGAUAUUUCCAAGUUUAGCAGCUAUAAUGAGCUGCGUUGUGAGCUUGCUCGAAUGUUUGGUCUGGAAGGCCAACUAGAGGACCCUCAGAGAUCAGGCUGGCAGCUUGUAUUUGUUGACAGGGAGAAUGAUAUUCUUCUCCUUGGUGAUGACCCUUGGCAGGAAUUCGUGAACAACGUGUGGUAUAUCAAGAUACUAUCUCCACUUGAAGUGCAACAAAUGGGGAAAGAAGGCCUGAAUCCUGCCGCCUCUGACCCAAGCCAAACGCGCCACCAAUAGUGGUGCAGACAGGAGUUGAGCUGAGAAGUUCUGGUAAUGGAAUUUGUAUCAAUGGGUGUCUUAAGUGCUGAAGGAAAAUGCUCCUCAAGGCUGAAUUUGGGGAAAUGAUAAAGGAAGUUGUAGCUUUUUUUCUUUUAAUGUUAAAGCUUGUGUGUUCAGAAUCUAGUACUGUUACUGUAAAUUAUAAUAGGAAAUUUCUGUAGCUUUGCAUUAUUAUAGUACUUAAAAGAGAACAAGGUUGAAUUCGGGAUAAUUGCAUCAUGUUAUCAGCAAUAUUGUUAGCCGUCAGUAAUUUUAUAGCAUCACAGAUGUUAUGACACUAUUAUUUCAUCCAUGCCACCUUUUGUA